UCCAUCAACCAACACAAUCACUAAACGCCGGCAUUCGAGCGAAAAGAACUGAGAGCAAAUGGUGGGGCUUAUGCACUUAAAAAAACUAUAAAACCCAUUUGGAACCAUAACUUGAUUCAGUCUUUCUAUAACUCGCAAAAACCAAGGGGUCGGCACCCUCAACAACUUACUACCUUGACUUUACAAACAUGAACAGCUACGUAGUGUUCGCUGCUUUGUUUUUGGUCACAGUAUUUGCUGAUGAAAAGACCGAACAGACCGUAGAUGGAAUCAAAACUUACAGGAGGUUGAUCCCUGCUGACGUACUUAGGGAUUUCCCUGGUAUGUGCUUUGCUUCAACUAAAUGUGCCACUGUAGAACCAGGUAAAACUUGGGACCUUACUCCCUUCUGUGGUCGUUCAACUUGCGUCGUCUCUGAAGACAAACCACCACGUCUUUUGGAGUUGGUAGAAGACUGUGGACCUCUUCCUUUGGCCAAUCCAAAAUGCAAACUUGACGAAGAAAAAACUAACAAAACAGCCGCAUUCCCAUUCUGCUGUCCAACUUUCAAAUGCGAAGAUGGUGCAAAAUUGGAAUACCCUGAAAUCCCAACUGUAGCUCCAGUUCCUGACGACGCAGCAGUAACCACAACCAAAGCUUAAUUAAUAUAAAAAAGCUGAUAAUCAGUCUUUCAUCUUUUUACGAUUAGAAUAAACUGUUGGAAGAUCAUUAACAGUCGAAAUUUUUUGUAAUAAAAAUUAAUAAAAGGUUGUCGUAGA